AUGAUUUAUUAUCUUAAAAGCCUAUAUCUCGAAAUUCUUAAUAAUAUGCAAAAAUCCAUAAUUAAAUCCAAUAUGAAAAAGCACAAACCAAACCAAAAACAGAACAUCAGCAUUUCAAUUUUUGAUACUUUAGAAUCCCUUCAAAUUUCUGGGCAACUUUUAACAACCAAGCUUGACCCUCAUUUUUCUAAGCACCUAUCCAAGCUCCUCUCUGAAUAUCAGCAGCUUCUUUUAACUCUUUUGUCUGAAAAGAACCAGUUUGAACUUAAAGUAUUUUUUAUUUAGUGCCAACAACUAGCUGAAAGUUUAUUAGAAGUCAAAGAAGCAGAAAUUAAAUUAAAAAAUAAACUGAAUAAAAAGCAAACUUUGUGAAAUGCAAAGGAACAAGAAAUGCUUGAAGAAGUAGAAAUAUCCUGCAGUAGAAUAAUUUAUAUAAAAAAAAAAGAAUUUUCUGAUAAAAAUGCAGGAUUUUUAAUUAUUGAGGGAAAGAAUAAUUAAAAAACAUUUAGAAGAAGGAAAAGAUAUGUGGACUGAGCAACUAAAAAAAAUAGAAGAAGCAAUGAAAGAACAGGAAAGAGAAAAACAAAAAUUAAGAUCAAGCUACCAGAAGAGGCUAGCUGAUAUUGAUCAAGAAUUGGACGAAAUUAUGCAUUUGCAUAGACAAAAGCUGGAUAAACCUAUAAAACUUGGUGAUAUUUUGCCAAGUCUGUUUUCUCAAGAAGAACUGCAAGAGGAAAAGCUAGUUGCCCUUGGAGAAAUUUCUGAAAGAAAAAAUGAAGACAUCAAUAUACCCAAAAUCACAGAAAACUCAGAAAAAUUCGAUAUUGAGUCAAAAUCAAGCUUGGAUAUUUCUAUUGAUAAACUAGAUUUAAAAGGAACUCAGAAAAUUGUAUAUGAAAAAUUAAUUGAGCUGAGAAGGAGAAUUCAUAAAUUUAGGGACGAAGACAGCUGUUUGACUAGUGAAGAAGGCACUCUAGACUCCUUGCCUUCAGAUUUAAAAUCCAUCAGCCCAUCUCAGCUAGAAAACUCACGAAAAACCUCAGCAGCCUCAGAAAUUGAAUAUGGAAAAACUGUCCCCGAAGCCAAAAUUAUUGCUGCAGUCUCCUCUAAGCUGCUUAAAUUCGCAGGGGUCGUUUUUGGAGGAAAAGGCAGCAAUAAAUACAGAAAAGAGCUGACAAAGCAGCUAGGAUCUGAAAAACUGUCUAUUGAAGAAAGAGAAGACAUCGUUUUUAACUUAAUUCAUGAAGAAGGGACUAUAAAAAAGCAUGAUGCUCAGAUUAAAGAGCAGCAAAAUGAAGAAGUUUCUAUAAAUAAGGACGAAAAAGCAUGGGAUAAUAUAUCAGAAAUUCCUUCAGAAAAAAACAAGGAUUUAGGCUUGUCACAGGAUUUAGAAAAUUUAUUUUCACACGAAAAUAUUCAUGAAAGCUCUAGCUCAGAGGAGGAGGAGGAGGAUGCAGAAGAAGACGAUAUAAUUGAUUUUAGUGAAAUUAAAGUUAAAAAUGUUAAAGAAGAAGAAGAAAAAAUUGAAGAAAUUCAGCAAGAAAAACCAGAAGUUCGUGAAGAAUAUUCUGAAAAUUCAGUGAAUAUUUCAAAAUCAAUUAUAAUUCCUCCACAGUCUGAAACUGUAAUUGUCACUUCUAUACAGUCACCAAUCCUGAAACCCUCGAUAAUUGAAACAAAUACACCUCUUUUUGCUUUAGAAGCAGAAGAAGUUAUUUCUUCAAAGAAAAAGUUCCAGCAAAACCAAAGGGAGCCUGAUCUCGUGAAUUUAAGUAUAGUAAACGAAAGCAACAUAUUCUUUAUCCCGACUCUUUCUCUAAGCCAAGAAAGGUCUAGUUCUCGUGUGCGCCAAUCAUCUAGAGUCCAAUUACAGCCUGAAGAAGAACUGCUGAGACGGCCUAAAAUCAAUACAUCUCAAGACGAAUCUUCUGCUGCUUCUCUGCCUAAAAUUUCUGAUGAAAUUGUUCCAAUAGUAAUUUCAAGCCACCCUUCAAAACAGAAAAUUGAUAGAAAACCUAUAUCUAUGAUGAGCAAACUUCCUAUAAUACCGAGACCACCUUUAGAGCCUCCUAAAAAAAUACUAAAUGUAAGAGGAAGGUCACAUCAGCCUAUAAAUCCGACCCAAAAUAGAGCUCCUGGAUCUCCACCAGCUCGAAGAAAAGCUGACAGCGAAAUCAGGUCUGCUUCGCCUACUCUUGCUAAUAGAUUCAGGAUGAAGAGAUUCAGGGACAAAGGAAUGCCAGCCUUCAAAUUAGGCAAAGGGUUUUCAAACCCUGCACAGCCUAUUAUUGCUCGACAUGUGAAUUUGAAUAAUAUAAAAGUUAUAGGAGUUUUCUCUAUAUGUCCCGAUAAGGACCGUGAGUUCUCCAUGGAAUCCCUCAGCUGGUUGAACCAAACCAAUGCACUGAGUUGGUUUGACUAACAGAAGGAUUCCACGGAGAACCCACGGCCCUAUCGGGCCAUAUAGGAAAAACUCCUAUAUCUAA